GAAGGAAGCCGGGCCGUCGGAUCCGCCCGCGGUGUUAUGCUGCUGCGACCGCUGCGGAGCUGGGCCGCCCGGGCGCUGCGGCGCGAGGGGCCUGGGAGCCCCGGCCCGGGCCGAGGGACGCGGGGGGUGCAGCGCCGGGCCUGGCCUCGCGAUAAAGACGGAGAAAAUGAAAAAGAGAAAAAAUCAGUGAUCUGUGUUGAGGGCAACAUUGCAAGCGGGAAGACGACGUGCCUGGAGUUCUUCAACACAACAGGCAUUGAGGUGUUACAGGAGCCAGUGUCCAAGUGGAGAAAUGUCCGCGGUCAUAAUCCUCUGGGUCUGAUGUACCGCGAUGCCUGUCGAUGGGGCCUCACGCUGCAGACAUACGUGCAGCUCACCAUGCUGGACCACCACACUCGUCCUCAGACAUCUCCCGUGCGGUUGAUGGAGCGGUCGAUUCACAGCGCAAGAUAUAUUUUUGUAGAAAAUCUAUAUAGAAGCGGGAAGAUGCCUGAAGUGGACUAUGUGAUUCUGUCGGAAUGGUUUGACUGGAUUGUGAGGAACAUCGACGUGUCUGUUGAUUUGAUAGUGUAUCUCCGGACCACCCCUGAGACCUGUUACCAGAGACUGCGGCUGAGAUGCAGGGAAGAGGAGACCGUCAUUCCCCUGGACUACCUGAAUGCUAUUCACCACCUCUAUGAGGAGUGGCUUAUCCAAGGGGGCCUUUUCCCUGUGACAGCCCCUGUUCUGGUGAUUGAGGCUGACCACGACGUGCAGAAAAUGUUAAAACUCUUUGAACAAAACCGGGACCGAAUAUUAACUCCAGAGACUCAGAAACAUGGUUCAUAGGAUGGGGAAGAUCAUGCCAGAAAAAUGCUGCCAAGUUAGCUAUUAGGAGCAAUUUGGAAAUAUCCACUCUCAAGAGGGCUUGAUAUCUGGCCACAUUUGUUUUCCUGAUGGUCUUCUCCUCUUUGCCAGUGUCUUCAUCCUGGGUCUCUGGCCCUUGAGGGUAAAUGACAAAUGGGACCGAUGGGUUUGUCAUGCCCUUUGGUGUUUGCAGCCUUGCAUUCCCCAGCACCUCUCCUGCUGGUUUCCCGCUGCUGGGUCCCCGUGAUUAAGGGGAGAGCCGCCUGAAGUAAUGCUGGGCUUAGGGUCUAACUCUGCCAACCACCCAGGAGGGUGAGGUAGUGGCCUCACAUCCCAGGGAAGAAGUUGAAGCUCAGAGAGGCUAAGAGACUCCCCCAGGGUCACAGAGCCAGGGACAGUGGCGUUGGCACAGUUCAGACUCGGGGUGACUCUCAAACAUUCUCGCCCUCCUCCUGAGAGCCUGCCUUCCCUUGCUAGAGACCUCACGUGUGUAUGGGGAGAUCCAGCAGUGCACGGAGUCAGUACCAUCAUUUUCUCAUUAUCUGAGCCGCUCUUGAGGACAAUCGAUGCUCUUAGACUUUCACAGAGUUGGGUCGUGUUUGGCUUGAGCCCGGUGUUCAGUGGUUUCCCAGCAGGAGGCUGCUGUGGCAUUGACCACUUCGGCAUCUGCACUUCCAUGUCCUUAGGAGAAUCCUGCGCGGGCUCCUGACUGGUGUCGAUCUCCUUGGUGACGAAGGCCUUGUCGGAGCUGCUGUCAGUUCUCUGUCGGGGAAAUGGCUUUGGUGCCUGGGUGGUUUGCCGAGGGCCAGGCUGGGCAAGGGGCCCACCAGCCCUGGCUUCUGAGGCCUCCGUACUCUGUACUGGCCUUGUGUGAAGAGCUUUGCCCUUGGAAUUACUGAGAGUUUGGGGUCCCGGGGAGAGACGCAAGUGGCCUUAAGUCUUUCUGAAAUGUUUUUCCAUCCAAGGAGACCCUUGGACCAUACAGCAUGAAAUCAUCUUUAUUGGUUCGGAAAAUAUCCUAGCUUCCCUCAGCUGCAGCAACUCAUCAAAGCCACCACUGUCUCUUGAGUCAAGUGGGAAGUAAGAGAAAGAACAUUCUUUUAAGGGGGGCAGUCUGGACUGGAAGAUCAGGGCUUGCAAGCAAAGGCUCUUGGGAGCCCUGGUGCUCCUGAUAUUUUGGAGGUGGGUGGAGAGAGCUUCGAGAAGACUGGUUGUAAACAUGGGGAGGGGUCAGUUGUGACUUUGGGGCAACAGGCCUCAGCCUCUCCCGAGCAGCGGUUGGCAUCGGCGAGGGCUGGAAGGCCUCGUCCCAGCCUCUGCGUGAGUGUGGCACCUUUGCGUGCAGCUCUCUGACUCGACGUGGGUGACCGGAGCCCUGGUGGUCCCGCCCCAGAGGGAGGCAGGCACUGUGACUCCUGGACCAGUUCUUGGGCUCCGUGGGCAGGAGGAGGGGCAGCAGCCCAGUGGGGACGUGUCUCUCGGCCCAAAGGUCAGGGACCGACCAGAUGUCGGGGGGAGGCAAGGGCCUAUGCUGCCCGGUAUCCUGACGAGCCAAGUAAGUGAACAGUCCAGGAUAUCCCCCCACAGCUCAAUUUGAGCAUCUGUUUUGGGGGAAAUGUGAUUUUUAAAGAAAGUAAAGUUUGCCCCGUGGUCGCCAGUAAAUCCUUCACCUAAAACCUGAGGUUAAUCUCGGCGUGCUGCCUAGGCCCGUGAUUUUAGCCCCCGCAGCAGCAUCCCUUUGCCAGUAGGAUAAUGUGUUUUCAUUUUUGUUAAACCCCAUCUUUCCUAACAUGGGCGGUACGGGUCCAGGAGAGCUCACCAUCCUCCUGCUCUGGCACCGUGGAGCGGAUGCUGUGUGUCUGCAGCGGCCGGGGCAGGGGGCCGAGAUCUCGCGGGCCCGCUGUGUCCCACGAAACGGCUGGUGCCUGGCUUGCACGGACGAGGGUUGCUCUCCCCGCGUGGCAGGCAGGGCCGGUGGCACCGGGGGGCGCGGAGCAGCUAUAAAAGCCGGGGCACAAAGAGGGCAGACGGCACACGGUAGGCACGGGGCCUAGUUUUUAGAGCAGAAGGGAGGCCCGCGGGGACUCUCAGGAAUGGCUGGGAGGAGCUUGGCGGGGCUGGCGUCUCUAAAUUGCCGACAGAGCAAGCCAGGGCAAUGACAUCCCCGCUAGGCUGGUGUCGCCCCAUUCUUAUCCUGAGGUGGGGUUCCGUAGGGCAUAACGGGAGUACGCCCCGGAGCGGCCCCAGCUGCUUUGACUCUCGGUAAUUAAAAAAUUGUUUUGAAUAGCACGUUUUCUUUUAGUCAGCAUUUUUAGUGAAAUAGUUCUAAUUUACACGUCACCUUUUUAAUUUUAUAUGCAAAAGACAUGAUUAGAAUCAUUCAGAAAUAUUUCGUGUACCUGGUGAUUAAGAAAAAAAAAUGAGAUAGAAGUGUAUUUCUGUGUCACAUCGAAGUGCGGAAGUGGGUGAUUCAGGGCUGGUGUGGUGGCUCCAAGGCCAUCGGGGUCCCGGGCUCUUGCUGGCUUUCUGUUCCCAGUUCAACUUCCUGGUUCGUGGCUUCCUUCCUCCAGGGACUUCCCUGUCCAAGAUGGUGCCAGAGCUCCUCCUCCGGCUACUGUUGGCAUCAGGACAUACUGUCCGCCGCUCACACGUUAAUUCUAAUGUGGAUGAUGACCUUUGCAAGGCGCAACUGAGAGAAGCUGGAAGGUUCUAGCGAGAUUUUGCCAGAGGCCUUGGAGGUGGGGCAAAGGCAGGAGGGAAGUCGGGACUCAGGGGCCGGACCACGGCGUCAGGGCCGUGGUGCCCUGUGGCCCCACCUGUCCCUCCCUUCUGCCCUCACAUCACAUUUCCCUCACCGCCUGGUGCUACAGUGUCCUCGGUGUCUGCGGCUCAACCUGCCUCCUGCAUUGGGUGGAGCCAGGUGAGGGCACAGACCGCCGGGCCGACGCACUCCCACUGCGUGGCU